UGAGCCCUUUCCCUCUCACCUCCUCCUUCACUUCCUACAGCGGCAGUGUUGCGCUGCCUUCGGAUUGUAAUUUAAACAUGGCUACUGCUGGAGCAGCUGGAGACGACCUGAAGAAAGAGCUCACGUGUGCAAUUUGUUUGGACUUCUUCAAAGACCCCGUCAUACUGAAAUGCGGGCAUAAUUUCUGUCGGUUUUGCAUCUGCAUGCACUGGGAUGAAAAUGGCGGAGACUACGGGUAUCAGUGCCCUCAAUGCCGAACGGUGUUCAACAAGCGGAGCUUCACUAAAAACUACCUGGUGCAGAACCUGGUGGCAAAACUGGACGACCUGGAGUGUCUGGGGUCUUGUCCUGCACAGUCUAAGCCCGUUAAAGUAGAUGGGAAGUGUGAACAACAUGGAGAAGAGCUGAAAUUGUACUGCCAAACUGAUAAGAGGCCCAUCUGUGUAGUCUGCAGGGAAUCUAGAGCGCACAGACACCAUGAGGUAGCACCAGUGCCAGAAGUUGUGAAUGACAUGAAGAUGGAGUUGAAAUUGAGAUUAAUGGAGCUCAACUGGCAGAAGUCUCAAUGUGUAAAAGUUAUUACGGCUGAUGAGCGCACCAGAAACGAAGUCAGGUUGAAGAAGCAGAGACUCAAGGAGAAGAUUGAAGCAGAUGUUGGUGCCUUGGUCCAAUUCUUAUUAGAUGAAAGGGACUCCCUGCUUGAGUGCCUGGAUGCAGAGGAAGUGGCCACCAUGGCCGUCAUAGACGACAACUUGAAGAUUGUGGAGACGGAGGCGGCAGCUGUGGACAAAGCUAUAGCUAAUAUCCACAGCCACAUCAGUGGGAAAACUAGCUUUGAGAGCCUUUCUGAUACAUUCAAUGAAGUCAUCCAUUGCAAGCCAUUCACAUCCCUCGAGACGGUUAAUUGUCAGACUGAAUUUACAGACUUCUCAGGGCCCUUCCAGCUUAUCAUGUGGAAGAAGAUGAUGCACGUGCUGCAUACCAUGCCUCAGAACCUCACCUUAGACCCAGACACAGCUCACCCAAACCUGCUCAUCUCAGACUUUGACACAAAAGUGGAGGAGGGCCGUGUUCGCAACCAGGAGCCAGACCUGCCAGCCCGGUUCACGCGGUUUUGUGGUGUCCUUGCCACAGCCCAGUACGCCAGCGGCCAGCACUACUGGGAGGUGGAUGUGAAGGACAAAGGUGUGUGGUACCUGGGAGUCACCACCGAGUGCAGCAACAGAAAGGGCUUCGUCAGCCUCACUCCCUCCGCAGGGUACUGGAGCCUGUGUCUGCAGGACCGGCUGUAUGCCAACGGAGAGGACGGGCGCAUCCCUGUCGCCGAUUACUGGAACUCUCCUCGGGUCGGUGUGUACCUGGACUACGACAAUGGCCGUCUUAGUUUCUAUGAUGCCGUCACAAUGAAGAGACUGUACAUGUUUGACACCUGCUUUGAAGAGCCUGUGUAUCCUUUCUUCAGCCCAGGAAAGAAUGACCCAGGCAGCAGGCUGCAGAUAUGCCACUAUUACUGAGAGAGCUGUGACGAGUGUUUAAAUUUAGCUACCUAAGAGUAAACUCGAGUAUGCCGGUGUUUUCAGAUUUGCUGUUAGCAAGGUUUUAUCUCACAGACCAGACUGGAGAGCCAGGGUGAUGUUGACCCUUCAGCCAUGUACUGUACGCAUUUGAGCUGUUACUUGUUGGUCUUACUAGAGUUUGAAAAUAGGAAUUAAUACUGAAUAAGAAUUACCAGGUGUCUCGUCACACUUCAGCUGUAAUGAAGAACUUAAUUUAUUCUCUUUUUGGGAUAGAAAAUUUGAAAUUCAGUAUCUUUCAACCUAGACACACACACUGUAGGUUUAUACCCCUGGCUACUGUGGUUGGGGGGCGUUUUUGGAGAGGUGCUUUGCUGUCUAUAUCACUGUGUCUGCUGGGAUGCAGAUGCCUCAGAUGCUCUUGUUGAUCAGAGCAUGUACAGCUCUUAUCCUGUUAGCAACUGCUAUGCCAUACUACUGUACAUUAACUACGUUUUUGCCAGACAGGGUCCGUGCUGUUGCCUUGUUGGGUAGAACUUGAAGGGCAUGACACAUGGUUAUCACAUUGAUAGCUGUUGACAGUCAAGAUUCCGUCAUUAAUUCUAGGCUGAAGAACAGUCAGCACUGAAUUAUUUGACACGAAUUGGCCAGCUUGUACUGGGAUUUCACCUCUCAGACUAUUGUUAGAUUUCCAGGAACAAGUUGUUUUGUGGACGUUAAUGUCAGCUCAAAUAAUUUUAUCAUUAGACUUUUAAAAUCAUCUUUAUGUAUUUUUUUUUUUUUAUAUUAUGAUGUACUUUGUCGACACUUUUGGACUCGCAAAUUCCUCUGUAUAUUCCUCUGGGUCACAUUUUGCAGCCUAUUUUAUGUGAGCAGUGAUACUGAAGGCAUGAAGUCAUGCCAUUUUGCUUUUGUUGGAGGUAUUUUUUAAAAAUCUGAAACAUUUUUAUCAGUCUGUCUGUAAAUGAGCAGCUGGAAGACAAAGCAAAUGGUUAUAAAAUAUUCUAACGGCAAUUUAAGAUUUGCAGCCAUAUCCCCAAAUAUGUUGUCACUUAAUGGGUGAACGUUUAGAUGUAUUUAAGACAUUCCAUCCACAACUGUCAGGAUUCACAGCCAAGAGUCCACGUUUACUAAAAUGAAAACUUGUGGAAUGCCAAAUGAAAGUUCUCCAUGUUUUUGUUUUGCUUUGUUACAAAUUACUUGCAGCAUGUCCUUAAUUAUAUUAUUUUUUUUUAUUUUUAUUUUUUUUUUAACAAUCCUGCUUUAGUUUAUCGCUAGCUGUCGAGUUGGUCCAGACAUUUUUAAGUCUAUUAUCUAACUCGUCCUCGUGAUUUUUAUUUUCUAUCAAUUAAUGCCGUUUUAUUUGAUUUUGAAUGUAAAAUUACAUGUAUCUGGACAAUUGUAUACAUUUUUUUGUUUUUCCUUCCUUCAUAAACUUAUAUUUAAAUAUUUUCUUAUUUGAGAUGAGAUGAUCUCUAUGGGUUUUUAUUUUUCCUGGUGCAUUUCCCCACAGUGCGGUUAUGAACCUACAUGUGGGAUGUUUGCCAUCUUCCAGGGUCAUACAGUGACUUUGUUUUUCUUUUUCUUUUUCAAAUGAGCUUAUUGAGGAGCAUAAUAGAAACAUUUAAGAGCAUGAUGAUAUUUGAGAUUGGCCGUAGGUGUGGCCAAUGAAAUUGCUCCUUUUUUCAGUUAGACGUCUGAAGUGUUCACGUGUUAGAACUGGAAAACUCUGUGCUCUUUAACUUUUGAGUAUUUGCUAAUUGUUUUGUCUAAGAUUGCAUACCUCCAUUUAAUGAACACACAUUUCAUCUCUGGAUUUCAUUUUUGUAUUCAGCAUAGCAGUUUUGGGGCUGUGUCUUGAUAAAUGUGAAAGGGGGGAAAAAAAAUACUCUUGUUACUCCCUGUUUGUGGCCCUUUCACCUGCUAUGAAUGUGCUUAGUGUUUCUCAGACUUUACAAUGAGAUUAAAAGAGGAAAAAGA